UGGUAAACACACGUAUCCUCAGACGUACAAGGAUUCAGAGAAAAUGCAGAAGGAAGUCCAACAUUCGUUUUGUGACUAACUGUCAUAUAAUGUUGUCUUUUCUUCUUGUUUUCCAUCAGCCUCAAUAACAGAGUUUAGAUGUGCUUGACUGGUAAAAAUCCUCCCAAAACACAGAAAUGUGUGACAUCUUUUGAAUGUGUAGAAGGUUGUGUGUUGCCUCCGCAGAGAUAAUACUAAAUGAGAAAGAAAAAAAGCAAUAUUUGUUCAACUGAUGGGAGAUUUUUGUCGUUUCUUUACUUAAAAAAAUAAAUAAAUUUCUGCCAUAAAGGGAUUUGGUAAAGACGUAAAUUUGACACCAAAAUGAAGAAACUUAAAUAUCCAAUGUUAAAAAAUUCUUUAACACUAAAAUUACUCAUGAACUAAGAAUAUUUUCUUUCAGGGUUUCUGCCAGUUUCAGGUAAAAUCACUCCCUGAUUUCCUGAUUUUGGAGAAGAAUCAGAUCUGUCAGAUCACAAACGCCUCAAUUAACAGGCUGCAGUUUGGUUUGGGGGCGCUGUUGCCUCAUUAAAUUAGGGAAAAUGUCGUGAAGUGAUGUAGGUCAAAAGGCGCAGAGUGGAGAGGUUCCUGUGACUCCACCACCACCAGCUCAGCUCAGCAGACACCAGCAGGGAAAGCCACGAGCUGGUUUUGCGCAUGGUCAGUUUCACCUCAGUCAUUUUUUCGCCUCUCUCUCUCCCUCUCUCGCUCUCCGUCCUCUUCACUCAUCAUCAUCCAGCAGCAUCCAUCUCUCCGGAUGUCCACAGCCGUCGGAUUCCUGUCUGGUCGCGCCCUGGGCACCAGGAUUUAGCUGGUUUUAACUCUCCAUCACCGGGAGAAGUGUCAGCGCGACAGUGAUGACAGGGAGAAGAAAUGGGAAUGAAUAACCAUGAAGUGAGGAUAAAGCCGAGUGGAGGUCCAAUGAAGACAUGAGCACAUAUCGAUGGAGUCCUCUUUCAACACCGUAGAGCUCCGGGAGCUGCGAGGGAGUGGAGCCCGGCGAGGCCCGUCUCCGACACCGACUUCAGCACCCUGGACAGCAGCAACGCUGGGCUGCUCCGCCCGGGGCUUUGAGAACGCCUCCUACGAGCAGGAUGAGGAGCAGGACCUCCGUCAGCAGGAGCAACAGCCGACGAGUUAUCCGCCUUCCACAUCAGGAAACAGUAAGCAUCAUCGUCAGGAGAUCUCACCACAGUCGUAUGAUGAGGAGGAAGGCGGGGGUGGAGCAGGUGGAGGUCAGGAGGACGGUCAGGACUUCACUGAAUUUCGCCCCGUUGAUGACCACUCGGCAGACUAUGGCUUCAUCUUGGCGCUGGUGUUCCUCGUGAGUGGGAUCGUCCUUGUGGUAAUCGCCUACACCAUCCCACGGGAGCCCAAAGUCGACCCUGACUCAGUUUCGGCUCGACAGAUGGAGAAGCUGGAGAUGUACUACGCCCAGCUUGGCUCCCACCUGGAUAAGUGCAUCAUCGCGGGCCUGGGCCUGCUGACCCUGGGAGGGAUGUUCCUGUCCGUGCUGCUCAUGGUGUCCAUCUGCCGGGGCGAGAUGUACCGACGCAGGGCGGCAUUCGUUCGACCCAAGAGGACUUACGGCUCCAUCAACCUGAGGAUGAAGCAGCUGGCGACUGGAGAGGCAAGGUUAGGUGAGGGCGGGGAUGGAGGCGAGGAGGUUUUGGUGGAAUGCGCAGAGACGCGGAAUAACGUACAGCCAGAGCCGAGCCGGGACUCUAAAUCAGUACCGGGACCAAGCAAAAACCCUCCUCCUUCUCUUCCUGCUGCUUCUUCUUCUGCUGCUGCUGCACGUGGAGUCAACUAGCUCCACCCUCUGCCUUCCUCUGCGCGAUCCCCCAGGUGCAUUAUGGGGAUGCAGGUCGCCCGUUUGUGCCGAGGGGAGAACCCCAUCUUAAGCAAGAGACUUCCUGCCGGAGCUGUUACCCGGCAUGUAGGGAUGAACUGAGCUUAAGGGAUAUUUAUUCUGACCAAUCACAAGGGAUGUAUGACUUUACAACAGAGGGCUCAACUGGGUGGAAGACGAGAGGUAAGCCUGUGGCAAUGUGGAUAAGAGCACAUGUGGACAUGAACGGAUGCAUAUCAAAGAUUAAAAUGAAGAUUUUGAAUCCUAGUAUGUUAAUCAGAUUCAUACAAUAUAAAGCACAUUAUGAUAUAAAGCACCGCAGAAAGUAAGAUUAACAUUUUAUUGUGAAAAUUCUUUACUGAUGCUGAAAGGAAGUUCGGUAAUUAAAUCUAGCCAUAUUUUAAGCCCUAACCAGCAGGUUCACCUUAACACACUCACACUAAAUACUCGGCUUGCAACGCUGCUGUGAAUAGCACUAUAACAGACUUCACAGUAAAUUACUGUAAAAGAAAGAGCAACUCGCAGUCAUACAAAAAACAGAGGCAACAGUUUUGAAAGCUUGGCGAUGUUCACCUCCAGCCAUUAAUGCAGAAGGUUAACUGCAGAAAACCCUAAAAAAAAGCUUAAAAUGUUCAGUUUAAACCUGCAUUAAGCAAAAUAAGUGACUGAUUAAAAAGAUGGAACAGAGCUCGCUUGGCUCCUUUUAGCUGCUUGUUUUGUUUUUCUGGCCGCACAGACAGAUGUGGUUUAAUGUUGGGAGGUGGAUUCAAGCUGGAAAAGGUCUCAAUUCGUUCCAUCUGAUAUUUCUGUGACUUUUUUGUAGUAAAACUGUCUUUGCUUACUUGUAAUAUAAAUUUAUUAUCAUAUAAUUGCUGAUUUUUGUGCCCACAUGAUUAAUGGGACCUUGUUGGAGUUUGUUUUUGAUCUUUUUUAGUUGCUAAAAGCUCCACUGUGUUCCCACUUCAUCCCGUUUGAUGUUUGCCUUUUUUUCUCUAUAAUGCCAGCCUGCUGGGGCUGAUCAGAGUUGUAGAGUAGCAUUAUGAUUCAUUUCUGCUUGUGUUUGUGAUUAUUUUUUCCUCCAUUAUUCCCUCUCUACCUUGUUCUUUUGCUGCUCGUCACUGCCCUGUGGUCGCCAGCUCACCUCUGGCUUUGUCUAUCAGGGUUUUGACAAACACCUAAACAAGAAGAAAUCUUUUACAAAGCUCAGAAAAUCUAAGAGGAGCUGCAGAUUUAGCUAAUAAUGGAUCUGACGCUGCAAGCUUUCUUAAAUUUUCAGUUAAUUUGUUGUAAAGGUGUCGGGUGAAAUGCUCAUGUUCAGAUGAUAAAAAGAAAGUUUUUCUUAAAAUCACAGAUUCCUCACAGCUGUUUGUGUCUUUGUUGAUAUUCUGCCAGCAGAUUUUUAGCAGAGGCAGGAAAAAACCUCCACGGGGAACUUUUAAGCCAUCAAAUAUUGAUUCUCUUAUUGGCCUCAAACGUCCAGAAUCCAUCUGUCUAUAACCACACAGCACAUGCUGCUGCUGCUUUCUCUCACUGUAAGUACAGAAAAUGGCAGCCCAGUGAGAAAUACUCCUCUGUGCAUGGUCUGUCUUUAACUCACCAGCUUAAAAGCUGAUUAUGCCCCCUUGUGGUCAGAAAUUGCUUAAUGCAGCUUUAACGUUUGGCUGGCUGCAGCGAGAGCUAGGAGGUAACGAUGAGAGGUGUUAGCCUGGCAGGUGCAGAAGUGAUACACGUUACCCAGAAAGCAUUGCUCCAGGCGUCAAAGAGCAUAGUUGUCUGUAAUGAUUUCUUUUAUUUUCUUAUUUUUCUCUUUGACAAACAGUUUCUGAGCAGAUCUUGGUUGGAAAUCACGGCUGUUUUAUCACAGCAGACACUAGAUGAAGAACACAGUUUGUUUGUUGUUGUUUUGUUUUUGUUUGUUUUGUUUUAUCACAGAAGCAUUUCAAAAUCAAAAUUUUAAGCCACAACAAUGAGUAAUUUAACAGGGGUCACAUUCAUUUUUGCAAGCGACAGAACCAAAAAAGAAAGUGUGUAAAAAUCGACUUCUCCAACAAGCCUGUUUUACAUAAAAAGUGUCAGUGAAUGCAGCAUCAACAAUAAGUAUUGUGUCACAUAUCUGGUGUCUCGUGCUGCAUCAUCCAAAACUGUUGCCUCAUGGUUACUGAUCAGCAUUUUCUGUGAGCAUCAGCUUCCACAGCAGAGACUCCAUCAGAGAGGGAAACUUCAUCUAUAAGCAGCAGCUGCUUCUCCAGAACUUGAAGUCAUAUUUAUAUAAAACUACCCUGUGCUACACGCUAGACUUACAUAGACUUUAUGGUUUGUAUCAUUUGAAAGUGCGCAUGAACUUUUUUCGACUGAGCAGUUUUUAUGAUCAGUGGUGGACAAACACUUCAGAUCUUUACUUAAGAAAAAGUACUAAACACAAGAAAGAAGUCCUGCGUUAACUCGAAGGGGACCUGUUGUAAAUCCUUAUUUUCUGUCAUAUAUCCUGUUACAGUGAUGGAAAGUCACAAUACUCAGCUUUGGUUUGUAUGAAGUCACAAAGAAAGGAAAUCCUUCAUAUGGUCUUUUCAUUCAGAGAGCACAGAAGCCCCGCCCACCUGCCUUUAAAUAUAUUCUAUUUUCAAGGCAACAUCCAGUUUAAAAUAAGUAAGGAUUAUUUUGAACUUUAAAUCAUGCAAAGCUAUUUUGGCAGAGAACAAAAAUAUGAAGCAGGAUGUGAGCAGAAUUGGCUCCCUUGAUAGUAAUUGUGCACAUUUUUGCAAACUUCACGCUGAUUACAAAGCACAGAUCCAUUGUUUCGUUUGUACAUUUAGACAACCGAGAGUAAUGUUGGUGUUAAAGAGAGUGAGUGUUUAUUUUAUCGAGUAAAAAACUGUAGGAGAAAAAAUGCUAAUAAAACAAUUUAAAGGACAUGGGGCAAAAAUAAUUAACUUCUAUAACUUAAUGUUUGAGCUCUACUUGUGUUUAAUUUAUAAUGAUCCCUAUAAACAGAUUCUGUAUGAGUAUGAAGACAUUUUUGGGACAGGAAGCCUUUUGGUUUCUGUUUGUACUGCAGGCUUUGGAUAGAUGCGGGUAAACAGUUCAUGUAGAGAGGAAAUGCAGGAUUACAUUUGUCAAAGUAUAUUAGAUAACCAUUGUGUAGUAUCUUAUGACAGUUUUUUAUUAAUUAUAAAAAAAUUACAAAUGGAAAUCGUGGCCUGGCUGGUACCACAAAAUUAGCCAUUAUACCCAGUGGCUAAGUUAUCAGACAUCCCAGUGGGUUCCCAGAAUUAAUUACUUGUGCCUACACAACUUCCAUCCAUCCCCUUAUCCAAUUCAGGGGCACAGGGAAGCCGGAGCCUAUGUAUUUAGUUACACUCCACCACUGAUUAUAAUCCGAACGUCUAUGAAAGAGUCAAAAGCCUAAAAUGGGUAAAAAGCUGAUUUCAUCUUAAAGAAGAAACAUUAAAGUGACUUGUGGAUGUUUUUGAGUGGAUUGAACCUUUAAUGACAUCACUUAUUUGUAUAAUAUGUACACUGAUGUUAUUUAUGUCAUGUAAGGAUACGAUAUGCCUUAACAAGUAAACACCGGCACUGUACAUUGUGUAUACACUG